UAGGACCGUGUUACAAGUCCUUCCUGUAGUUGAUGACGCAGCCCUCCAGGAGGGUAAAUAUUUGUUGCCCUGACCUGUAUGGUAGUAGUCAGCGUUUCGCCACCGGGGCAUAAUUAGCCUUGGGGGCGGGACAGUAUUUAGUAGGUACCGCUAAGUCCUGUUGGGCCCAAACUUAAGUUCCAGUAGCUCUUCUCAGAUCCUGUGAAAACUGAAAACACCCCGGCUGAGAACUUCUAGGCAAGCAAGACUAAGGUAUUUCUAGAUUUUCAAGCUCGAAGAAACUCCAGGAAGUCAAAGAACAGAGCUUAGAUGUAUGCGAAAAGCCAGGCUGCCUGACCUGGGAUGCCAGCUCCACCACCCUUUAGCCGUGCUAACGGGAGCAGUUAAUUUACCUCAUCUGUAUAAUGGCGGAUGUCUUCAUCACAUUUUGCCAGUCGACACAGAAAGGAUUUAAGUAUCGACAUGAUUAGAACCAGAAUUGCUCAUAGGAAAUCACUGUCUCAAAAAGAAAACAGGCAUAAGGAAUAUGAACGAAAUAGACACUUUGGUUUGAAAGAUGUCAACAUUCCAACCUUGGAAAGUAGAAAUCUUGAAUUAGAUGAGACAUGUCAAAAGCUUGUUCCAGAAAAGGCCAGUGUCAAGCCGAGGUCAGUGAAAACUCUUCUAGGUGAUCAACGAAAGCAAAUGCUCCAAAAAUAUAAAGAAGAAAAGCAGCUUCAGAAAUUGAAAGAGCAGAGAGAGAAAGCUAAACGAGGAGUAUUUAAAGUGGGUCUUUAUAGGCCUGAUAUGCCUUGUUUUCUGUUAUCAAACCAGACAACUAUGAAAGCGGAGCCAAGAAAGGCUGUUCCAUCUUCUGAACGGAUUACAAGGUCAAAGGCCAAAGACCAAAUGGAGCAGACUAAGAUUAAUAAUGGGAGUGAUGUUCGAACAAUCCGACCUGGUCAGAGACAAACUUCUGAAAGAAAAGUGUUGGACAAAGAGAAAAAAGUCACACAGCCCGUAAUGACCACAUCCAUGAGAAUGACUCGAUCCGCCACUCAGGCAGCAAAGCAGAUUGCCAGAACCAUCUCCUCUACUACAACAGAAAAGCCAGUUGCAAGAGCUAUUAAAGAUAAUGAAACAGAAAGAAAGACACCAAAUCAAGGAAGACCUGCCAAAAAGAUAGAAACAAAACCUGACAAGGUUGUUUCUUUCAAAAUCGAUAUUGAAGAAAAUACUUUGGGUUCACAAACCAGUGCAACAAAGAGAAUGGAUCCAGAUGGAAUCUUACCAAAGAUGGAGAACUUACCUAAGACAAACACUGCAAAAAUGAAAGGGAAGAAUUCUUUUGCACCUCAGGAUUUUAUGUUUCAGCCGCUGGAUGGCCUGAAGACCUAUCAAGUAACACCUAUGACUCCCAGAAGUGCCAAUGCUUUCUUGACACCCAGUUAUGCCUGGACCCCUUUAAAAACAGAAGUUGAUAAGACUCAAGAAGUGACCAAAGAAAUUUUGGCUCAACAAAGUAAAACUUACUCUAUGCAGACAGUAUAUCAAGAUUCAGAUAAACUACAGUGUACUUUGGGUUCUCUAACAGUUUGGAAUAAAGAACAUGUCUUAAAUAAAGAUGAGACUACUAAAAAUUCAGAUGGCCUUACAAUAAAAGAAGUCCCAUCACUUGAAAUAAAUGAAGAUCAGGUAUCUCAGCCCUACCACGAUGUGCCAUAUUUCAGAAAUAUUCUUCGGUCAGAAACUGAGAAAUUAACUUCACACUGCCUUGAGUGGGACAGGAAGCUUGAAUUGGACAUUCCAGAUGAUGCUAAAGAUCUCAUUCGCACAGCAGUUGGGCAAACAAGACUCCUUAUGAAAGAAAGGUUCAAGCAGUUUGAAGGACUGGUGGACAAUUGUGAAUAUAAACGAGGUGAAAAGGAGACUACUUGUACAGAUCUGGAUGGAUUUUGGGAUAUGGUUAGUUUUCAGAUAGAAGAUGUAAACCAAAAAUUCAACAAUUUGACCAAACUUGAGGAAUCUGGAUGGCAGAACAAUAAUAAUAUAAGCAAAAAAGUUGUUCGGAAGAAAGUUGUCUCAGGGGUAGCAAGUAAGCCCAAACAGGACGAUGGCGGAAGAAUUGCAGCUAGAAAUCGCCUCGCUGCCAUAAAAAAUGCGAUGAGAGAGAGGAUGAAGCAGGAAGAACCUGUGGAGGCAGCGUCCUCUGUAAUGCCAAAGGAAGUUGAUAAAAUAGUGUUUGAUGCUGGAUUUUUCAGAAUCGAAAGUCCUGUUAAAUCCUUCUCAGGACUUUCUAUCUCUUCUGAACGUCUUUCUCAAAGACAUAGGACACCUAAGUCUGUCAGCAAAGGUGCGACUGAGUGCAGGGCUGAGAUGGAUCAUCGAAGACAAAUGAUGUCACCACAGAAUCCUGAUCCUCAAGGUAUCAAAAGUGAGCAUGUCGAUAAGGAGACUUUGCUUUCAACUAUUCCUAAAAACAGGAAUAGCAUAGAAGAAGCUCAGCAUUCUGGAUUACAAGAUUUAAUUGAAGUAAAUUAUGAUGCAAACAAGAUAAACUUUGAGACGGAUUGCUUACCCAGUGAAAGAAUGAAUUUGCCUCUACUUGCUAGUGAAGUGGCAGAUGAUAUUAAUACUAAUGAAAAGGAGGAAAUUGCAGACGGUGUAGAAGGGAUGGAGCUGCAUUCUUCAGUCACAGCACGGGAGGUUUUGAUGAGCAGCCCUGAAAAAAGUAUACCAUCACAAAAUGACAUCUUACGGGAGGAGAAGACUAAAAUUUCUCAGUCAGUAUUUGAUAUUAAAAGUCUUACUACUGAAUGCCAUCUUCUUGAUUCGCCGGGCCUAAACUUCAGUAAUACAUUCACUCAGGUGGAGAGGAGACAUCAAGAUCAUGCCAGACACAUUUCCUUUGGUGGUAAUUUGAUUACAUUUUCACCUCUAAGACCCCUCCAUGAUGAACAACCAGAAGAAUCUUGAAUUUAAAAAUAAAUCCAAAUAUUUUUCUUCAUAUUAUCAAUGUGAUGUAUUAUUAGCAUAUUGAAAAUUGAAGAGUAUGUAUUUGUGUUCACUUCUAGUCAAUUUAUAGUGUCAUAAAAUGUUUUAAUAUUCAGUGUUCAUCAGAGUGUGUUUUAGCUAUGAUAGUGUUUCUCGAGGGAAGUGGGGAUAUUUUGUACAUUAACUAUGCAGAAUAAAAAAUGUACUUUACCUCGCCUCUCUUGUUUAAAAUGUAUAAGCUUAAUUAAAACUAAGUGUACUUACUCAGCACUUAUGAACAUUCUUCAGUUUAAUCAAAAUAUAGUAUUAAACUUUGACAGAAAUA